AUAACUAAAUUGCCGCAAUUUUUUUUACUGACCUUCAUCGACUUACACCUGUGGUAAAUACCUUAUCGUUGAAAGCAGAGUUGCAAGAAACUUUUACAAAGCGCUACAAUUUGAGACUGCCUUAAAAUGACUGGUCGAGCACGAGCAAGAUCAAGAGGCAGAGCACGCGGUCAAGAGACUGCGCCACCUGGAGCGAGUCAGGCUCGAGAGCCUGCACCAGCAGCUCCUCCUCCUGCAGAGGGAGAGCUGGUUGGUAGAGGGAGGCAGAAAGGUGCUCCAGGUCCAUAUUCUGCAGAAGCUCUUCUACAGAUUUCAGCUGGAUUUCAGCAAGUAAAGCUGGGAGAAAGAGGUGGACGCCGUCGGGAUUUUCAUGAUGCAGGGGUUAACACCAGGCAGGCCAUGGAGCAUGUAAAGGAGUCAAAGUCCGGAACAAGUGGGUCUCCCAUUCAGUUGACAGCCAACUUCUUUCGCAUCCUGUCCCGCCCUCAGUGGGUUUUGUAUCAGUAUCAUGUAGACUUCAAACCACCGAUGGAAUCUCGUCGUCUGAGAUCUGCCCUCCUCUUCCAACAUGAGGAAGCACUUGGCUCAGCACGGAGCUUUGAUGGAGCUCUGCUUUUUCUGCCUCACAGAUUGCACGGCAAGGAGACUGUACUCCACAGCAAAACAAGGAAUGGGGAGAAGGUUCAGAUAACUGUCACACUGACAAAUGAACUGCCACCCACAUCACCAGUGUGUAUUCAGUUUUACAACAUCAUAUUCAGAAGGAUCUUGAGAAUUCUCAACAUGCAGCAGAUUGGACGCAACUAUUACAACCCCAGUGACCCACUCAACAUCCCACAGCACAGGCUGACCAUCUGGCCAGGUUACACCACCACCAUCUUGCAGUAUGAGUCAUCGAUCAUGCUGUGUACCGACGUGAGCCACAAAGUGCUGCGUAGUGAGACAGUCCUUGACUUCAUGGCUAACCUUAGGCAGCGAUCUGGAAAUCAGCGCUUCCCUGAGAUUUGCACCAAGGAGCUUGUUGGACUCAUAGUUCUCACCAAGUACAACAAUAAAACCUACAGGAUUGAUGACAUUGCGUGGGAUCACACUCCCAACAACACAUUCAAGAGGGGAGAUGCAGAUAUUUCCUUCAAGAACUACUACAAGACUCAAUAUGGCCUGGACAUCACUGAUGGGAACCAGGUGCUGCUGGUCAGCCAUGUGAAGAGGAUGGGUCCCGCUGGAGCUGCUCCUCCUGGCCCGGCCAUGUUGAUCCCAGAGCUGUGCUACCUUACAGGGCUGACUGAUAAGAUGCGAGCUGACUUCAACAUCAUGAAAGACUUGAGCAACCAUACUAGACUGACCCCAGAGCAGAGAGAAGGACGCCUCAACAGAUUUGUCACUAAUAUACAGAAGAAUGCUGAUGCACAGUCAGAGUUGGAUAAGUGGGGACUCAACUUUGAUAAGCAACUCCUAAAUCUGACUGGCAGAGUCCUCCCAGGGGAGAGGAUUUUCCAGGGAUCAAGAUCGUAUGAGUACAACCCUUGGGCAGCUGACUGGUCCAAAGAGAUGCGUGGAGUGCCUCUGAUCAGCUCUCCUCCACUGAACAAUUGGCUCGUGUUUUACACCCGCCGUAAUGGCAACGAAGCCCAGUCCCUCCUGCAGACCCUUAGCAAAGUGUCAGGUCCACUUGGGAUCCGCAUCCAGAGAGCUGUCAUGAUUGAGUAUGAGGAUCAUCAGGAGUCUCUCCUCAGAGCCCUGCAGCACAAUGUUGGACCCCAAACACAAAUGGUGGUGGUGGUCCUCCCCAGCAACAGGAAGGACAAGUACGACAGCAUCAAGAAGUACCUCUGUGUGGACUGCCCCACUCCCAGUCAGUGUAUGGUGUCCCGUACCCUCAGCCGGCCUCAGACACUCAUGACUGUGGCCACCAAGAUUGCACUGCAGAUGGCUUGCAAGAUGGGAGGAGAGCUCUGGAGUGUGGAAAUCCCUCUCAAACAACUGAUGAUUGUGGGCAUUGACUGCUACCAUGACGCUACUGCUGGGAAAAGGUCCAUUGGGGCUCUAGUGGCCAGCCUCAACCAGGGCAUGAGCAGGUGGUUCUCAAAGUGUGUGCUGCAGCACAAAGGUCAGGAAAUCAUGGAUGGACUGAAGAUGGCCUUAAGUGCUGCACUGAAAGACUAUCUGAAGUUCAACAACUGCCUGCCUUCACGCAUCAUUGUGUAUCGAGAUGGAGUAGGCGACGGCCAGCUGCACAGCGUGGUUAACUAUGAGGUUUCACAGAUCAUAGACUCCAUCAAGUCCAUGGGGCAUGAUUAUAUGCCCAAGCUGAGUGUGGUGGUGGUAAAGAAGCGCAUCAGCAGCAGGUUCUUUGCCCACAUCAAUGGCAAGGUGUCCAACCCUCCCCCAGGCACCAUCGUUGACUCAGAGGUCACUCGUCCAGAGUGGUAUGACUUCUACAUUGUGAGCCAGUCUGUCCGCUCAGGAAGUGUCUCCCCAACCCACUACAAUGUUGUGUACGACACCAGCGGACUGAAGCCUGAUCAUAUGCAGCGGCUCACCUACAAGCUGUGCCACAUGUACUACAACUGGCAGGGGAUCAUCAGAGUGCCUGCUCCCUGCCAGUACGCCCACAAGUUGGCUUUCCUUGUGGGUCAGAGCAUCCACAGGGAGCCCAAUGUGCAACUAGACGACUUCCUGUUCUACCUAUAAGGAAAAUAUGAGUAAUUUGUUUGGCUCUGACUCUUGUAUAUGUAAAAUUUUGUUAGAAAAGUUCUCCUCAGUUUAUGUUUGUAUUACAUAUUCAAGUCUAAUGUAAAGAUAAAGUCACAGUUCAGAGGUAAAAAACUGCAUGUGCUAAAAUGAUAGACACCCUGUCUACUGUUGGAAAUACACUGAACACUCAUAGUUAAAUAAAUGAAGAUGUUCAGAGUGAAAUGCCACAAAUAAGUUGAUCUGUGAGAGUUAGUCUGGGCAGUUUGUGAAAAAAAGAGGCAGGAAAAGUAACCAAGCAUAUUUUUUUUCAUAGGGGGACCUAGAAUAUUUCUUUAGCUGUUUAUUAUUAUACAUGUUAGCCUCAGAUGAUUUGUAUGUUGUUUAUAGAGAUGGCUGUUUGCUGCUUACACUGGGGAGUAAAGACAAGCUGAAGCUCAAGUUUUUGUUGCUAAUAAGACUCAUGAGUCAACUUCUAGGUCCUAAGAGCUAUUAUUGCUGUGUUGCAAAUGGUUCUAAUAAACAUUUCUUUGUG